UUCCCGGCUCCUGGGCAGUGGGGAAGCCCCCGGGGGCGGGUGACCUCAGCUGGCCACGACCCAGCCCUCCCCCCGUGCGGAUCUCGCUUAAGAUGGCAGCGGAGUCAGGGGAACUAAUCGGGGCUUGCGAGUUCAUGAAAGAUCGAUUAUAUUUUGCUACUUUAAGGAAUAGACCAAAAAGCACAAUAAAUACCCACUAUUUCUCCAUCGACGAGGAGCUGGUCUAUGAAAAUUUCUAUGCAGAUUUUGGACCUCUGAACUUGGCAAUGGUGUACAGAUACUGCUGUAAACUAAACAAGAAACUAAAAUCAUACAGUUUAUCAAGAAAGAAAAUAGUGCACUAUACCUGCUUCGACCAGCGGAAAAGAGCAAAUGCUGCAUUCUUGAUAGGUGCUUAUGCUGUCAUCUACUUAAAGAAGACGCCAGAAGAAGCCUACAGAGCGCUCCUGUCUGGCUCAACCCCCCCUUAUCUUCCAUUCAGGGACGCAUCCUUUGGAAAUUGCACUUACAACCUCACCAUCCUUGACUGUUUACAAGGCAUCAGAAAGGGAUUACAGCAUGGAUUUUUUGACUUCGAGACAUUUGAUGUGGAUGAAUAUGAACAUUAUGAGCGAGUUGAAAAUGGAGACUUCAACUGGAUUGUUCCAGGGAAAUUUUUAGCGUUUAGUGGACCACAUCCGAAAAGCAAAAUUGAAAAUGGUUACCCACUCCACGCUCCUGAAGCCUACUUUCCGUAUUUCAAAAAGAACAACGUGACUGCAAUCGUGAGAUUGAACAAAAAGAUCUACGAGGCAAAGCGCUUCACAGAUGCUGGCUUCGAGCACUAUGACCUGUUCUUCAUAGACGGCAGCACCCCCAGCGAUAACAUCGUGCGAAGGUUCCUGAACAUCUGUGAGAACACGGAAGGGGCGAUCGCGGUCCACUGCAAAGCUGGUCUGGGAAGAACCGGGACUCUGAUAGCCUGUUAUGUCAUGAAACACUACAGGUUUACACAUGCUGAAAUCAUUGCUUGGAUCAGAAUUUGCCGACCAGGCUCCAUCAUCGGACCCCAGCAGCACUUCCUGGAAGAAAAACAAGCAUCGUUGUGGGUCCAAGGAGACAUUUUUCGAUCCAAACUGAAAAAUAGGCCUUCUAGUGAAGGAAGUAUUAAUAAAAUUAUUUCUAGCUUGGAUGAUAUGUCUAUUGGUGGAAACUUAUCUAAAUUACAGAACGUGGAAAGAUUUGGAGAGAGUAAUUUAGAAGACGAAGACGUGGAAAUGAAAAACAACGUAACACAGGGAGACAAACUACGUGCCUUAAAAAGCCAGAGGCAGCCUCGUUCCUCUCCAUCCUGUGCAUUUAGGUCAGAUGAUAUGAAAGGACACCAAAGGGCAGUGUCCCAGACUUUCAGAUUAAGUUCUUCUCCACAACCAUCCGUGUCUACUGUGAAGACCCCCAAAGUGUGUUUGUCCCCUUCAGCGACAGCCAAAAGGAUAAACAGAGGUUCUUUGUCUUCGGGCGCAAAUGUAAGAAGCUUCUCCAUAAACUCCCGGCUAGCCAGUUCUCUAGGGAACUUGAAUGCCGUGACAGAUGACCCUGAGAACAAAAAGACUGCCUCACCCACCAAGGCAGCCUUUAUAGCCAGCCCGUUCACCAGCUUCUUGAAGGGCAGCUCCCAGCCACCUGGCAGAAAUCACCCUGAGCUCAACAAUAACCAGUACACCAGAAGCAGCAGCAACAGCAGCAGCAGCGGCCUUGGGGGCAACCUGAACAGCUCCCCAGGUCCUCUGAGCGCCACGCCCGAGGAGCACUCUACCAUCCUUAGACCCGCGUUCCCAGGGGGGCUCUCUUCCUCCUCAUCGAGAUUCCUGAGCCGUUCUAUCCCUUCCCUUCAGUCUGAAUAUGUUCAUUACUAAGGCCAUGGCAUUCCAGUGAAGGCGGUUCCAUUCUUAGACAUCUGGACGUGCAAUGUGGAGGGGACCAGCUGCUUGCCCGGAGGAUGUCUCUGUCUUCUUACCUUAGAGAGUGUUAAACAUAGCACUGUUGAGAGACUUGAGCCAGAGCACUGGCUAGUGACUACUAUAAAUGCACUGCAAUGAUCUUUAUGGAGAUGUCCAUACUCGUAUAAGACAGUUUUAAUGUUGAAUUUGGUAUUUUCAAAGGUUAUUUUUAACAUAUUUCGGUAAUGCAUUUGUUACUGCAUUUUCAUGUACAGUGUUACAUUAUAUAUGUAUCGUGAACUUUAUAAAAGACUAUUUUGAUAAUUUUAUAAGUAUAUAAAAUUAUGUAAAAGCUAGAAUAUAUUUUGAUUUAGACUUUCCUGCUGUUUGCUACCAAAAAUUUGUAUCUUAAAUGUGUUUAGCUUUAGUAUGGUUUUGUCUACAAUGAGUAAAUAAUACUUCCUUAUUAAGUGAAAGUGAGGGAGUGAAUUUUUAGAAAGUGACUUUAAUGUUCCCCCUAUAAAUUCAGUAAACCAGAACAUUCUUUCUUGAAGUCUGUCUGAACUGGAGUUCAUCCAAAUUUAACUCUACCAAGAGUGCCGUUGUUUGGUGGGGCUUAUUAGGAAAAAACUUUUCCCCCUUUGUUUUUGUUCUUGAACCUUUUGAAUAGGAAGCUUAAAACAACAACAACCCUUUAGCAUCCUUUUAAGACCAGAAAUCGCUGUGAGUCUCUCCUGAAAGCAUGGCUUCCCCCCCCCCCCCAAUGAAGUGACAGAACAUUCCAAAUACUUUUAUUUCUUUCUUCCUCUCAUGAGUGCUUUAAAAAAGAAAUGCCUUAAACCAUUUAUUUUGCUUAUACCUUCUUGUAAAUAUGCAAAGGAAGGGUAGGGUUUUAAAGAAACUUGUCUACAGUUUGUGAGAACACUCUCAGUAAAUGUAUAAUAAUGCUGUUAAAGACCAAAAGGCACUUCAAAAGAGUUUGUAACCCAGAGCAUUCUGCUUUGGGUAUGAGGUGGUCUGAUGUCAGUUUCAAAGCAAUGAAGGAAUAAAUCGAAUAAAAUGCUGCUAAGUAGAUCUGUACACUAAAGGAGAUGUUUUAAUGGAACACAUGCCCUGAUGUACACAUGGGUCUGUCCAGAACUAGAUGUCAAAGUGAAAGGUCCCCUGAGGGUAUGUUCAGCCUUUUCAUGUAAGUCUGAUUCCAAAUUUGUUUUCAGAAGCCUAUUGGCUUCUUGCCUAUAUGAGACAGAGAGUCUCAAAUACUGAUCUUCUUCCAGGCUGCUUGAGAAUGGGCAAGGGAUAGUUAAAUUGUUUCAUGCAAAGUGCUUUAUUCCAACCAUUGAGUUAUUUAUAAUGUAUUUAUUAGGAGGGGAAAUCUUCAGACUAGUAUAUAUGCUUCAGCAAGACGCCUUGUUCAUGUAUUACACUUUUAAAAAGGCAUUGGAAUGAAUGUUUGACUCAGGUUUGUAAACAUAAUUUCCCAUAACUGCAGUACCAAAUAAUUUCACUCACCUGAUGGAAAGUUGAGUUAUAUGUUUUUAGAAUCGAAAACAUAAAGAAGAAUUAAAUUGUAUAUCUUUUCUAAAGAUGAAAAAAUAUUUUAUUAUGAGUUAUUUUAAAAAGUUUGUUGUAUAGGAAGAAAAUACUAUUUCUUUCAAAUUAUCAUUGGAAAGUAAUUGAGGCAACAUUUGAGAUGUGGGGGAAGAGAACCAUAUUAUCAUUUUUAGUUGUUCUGUGAACACCAAUGAGUGCAGCUACUAAAAUGAUUGUAAAGUUGACUACUGUAAAUUUUCAUAAUUAUCUGUGUAUAUAUGUCAUAUGUAUCUACAUGUGUAUGUCUUGAGCUUAUUUGUACACAUGUACAUACAUAAGGCACACCAAGAAGGGGAUGUGUGUAAUAUAGGGUUUAUAUAGCAGAGAGAUUCUCUACUUAUAAUAAAAAAUUGUUUGCCAUGUAUUUUGUUAUGAAUAGUUUAUCUCCCAGAAGAUAUUUUGUUCUAUUUUGAAGUGUAGAAGAAUACACUGCUAAUAAAUAAAAGUUUUAUGCAAUUUA